CUGCGGCCCCGACUCUUGACGCUAACGUGACCCGGCGGAGGGAGCACUGUUGGCGGCUUGGGUUAGAGGCGGGCGCCCGGGGCCGCAGUCAGACAGGCCCGGGAGGGUUGGGCGGCAGCCAGAGCGGCCGAGGGAGAGAGGGAGAGAGAGAGGGAGAGAGAGAAUGGGCAAAAAGAAUAAGAAAGAGAAGCCGAAAGGCGCGGAGAAGACAGCGGCUAAAAUGGAGAAAAAGGUCUCGAAGAGGUUCAAGAGAGAAGAGGAAGAUCUAGAAAGUCUAAUAAAUGAAUUCAGACAAUUGGAUGCGAAAAAGACGCAAGUGACAGAGGUGGCGUGUUCUCCUCCAUCGCCCCGGUUACAUGCUUCACUGUCUCCUUGUCCUGAGAAAGAUGAACUGAUCCUCUUUGGGGGCGAAUACUUCAAUGGCCAAAAAACAUUUCUUUACAAUGAGUUAUACUUGUACAACAUCAAGAAGAACUCGUGGACAAAGUUGGAAAGCCCAAAUGCACCUCCCCCUCGUUGUGCCCAUCAGGCUGUGAUGGUCCCUCAAGCUGGUGGGCAGCUCUGGGUGUUUGGAGGAGAAUUUGCAUCCCCAGAUGGUGAACAAUUUUACCAUUACAAGGAUCUAUGGGUAUUGCAUCUGGUCAGCAAGAAGUGGGAGCACAUAAAAGUAACAGGAGGACCAUCAGCUAGAAGUGGACAUCGGAUGGUUUCUCGCAAAAGAGAAAUCUUAGUGUUUGGUGGAUUUCAUGAGAGUGCAAAGGAUUUUGUUUAUUACAAUGAUGUUUACUCGUUUAAUUUGGAUUUGUUGACGUGGUCAAAGUUGGCUGCCAGUGGGAUGGGGCCCAGCGCUCGCUCUGGGUGUCAGAUGGCAGUGACUCCAGAUGGCAAUAUAGUAAUAUAUGGAGGUUACUCUAAACAGAGAGUGAAGAAAGAUGUGGAAAAAGGCACCGUUCACACUGACAUGUUUCUACUGAAAAAUGAGGGGAAGGAAGGACAAGAUAAAUGGACCUGGGUUCGCAUGAACGCUUCAGGAGUGAAGCCAACCCCACGAUCAGGGUUCUCUCUGACUAUCGGCCCUAAUAAUAGGACUGUGCUUUUUGGUGGCGUGUAUGAUGAGGAGGAAGAAGAAGAUCUCCAAGGGGAGUUUUUCAAUGACAUUUAUUUCUACGAUAUGGUAAAGAAUCGCUGGUUUGCGGGGCAGUUGAAGAGACACAAAGGUGAAAGGAAAAAACGGAGACGUGCAAAGAAAGAGGAGGGAGAUGGGGCGGGAGAGGUGAUCAAUGAAGAACCCGAGGGAGUAAAAGAAAUCAUAAAAGAAAUUGUUGCUGAAGAUGGUACUGUGAUGAUUGUUAAGCAGGCAGUAGCUAGUUCUGAGGCCAAACCAGACUCUGAAGAGGAGGAUGAGGAGGAGGAAGAUGCUGAGACUGCCAGCAUGAUAGAGCCAUGUCCCAGGUCGAAUGCCAUGACAGCUAUUAAGUACGGGAUACUGUAUGUCUAUGGUGGGAUGUUUGAGGUGGGAGACAGGCAGUUUACAUUAAACGACCUCUACAGCAUCGAUCUACACAAAAUGGAUGAAUGGAAGGUUCUGGUGGAAAUUGAUCCAAAGACCCAGGAGUGGCUAGAAGAAGAAGAGUCGGAGGAAGAGGAGGAGUGUGAAGGAGCUGAAGGAGGAGGAGACGAAGAGGAGGGGGAGGAGGACAGCAGUGAACAUGAACAAGAAGAAAGUGAUCACCCUCCAGUCCAAGCAGCAGAAGCUUACCCCGAAUACUUGUCCAGGACCGAACCUUACUGGGUGAAACUUGCCAGAGACAAUAUGGGCCAGGACGUGAAAGAGAAAAAGAUUUUAAAAGUUGCGCAGGCCAUGGCAAAAGCUUUUUACGAUGACGUUUUUGAUAAUCAGAAGUAAAGGGACGAUAAACUUGAAACAUUGCUCAUUUAUUUAUGGAUGGGAACUAUUGCUUGUGGUUUCAACUUCAACCUGGGCAAUUAGAUUUAAUUCAAUGAAUUGCAUUUUUUUUUAUUUUGUAAACUUUAAAGCAAUUUCUGCUUCUUUUAAAUGAGGGGGUAUAUUUAAAUUACUAGGGAAUUGAUUUUGAAUUUCAUUUGCAGUAGGACGUAUUUCUCUCCAAAUCCAGUUAUAGCAGAGUUGCUGGCUUUAGUUUUCCAGCAAUCCAUUUCUUCUCUUGACAGUGUGCCCACAGGUUCUUAACGCCUUUUCCAUUCAAUUUGUUUCCCUGCUGUCCAAAUUCUGAAUGAUGAAACUGAAGCCAAAUGGUGCCUGUUUUGUUUAAAGUACUCUUACAUCAAGGAAAAUAAAAAAAAUCCUCUGAUUUAACUAUCACAAAUUUAGAUUUAUUUUUCUUUUGCAUUCCUGGUGGUGUUCCUGCCAAUAAUCCCCUGGAUAAAUUUGUCCAUUCACUUCAUGACUGUUGGUGGGACAGUCCUGUGUCCAAAUUGGUUUCCACUUAUGUCUAAAAAUUCAUGGUCACUAAUUUACAGUAAAUCCUCUGAAAUGCUAUGACAAUUUGAUAAGGGACUAUGUGCAAAGUUUCUUUUGUAUACCUCCGUAGAAGUAAUAAAAAAAAGUAUUCACACAGAUUAUGAUUGCUAUCUUUGAUUGUUUGAAAACCACAAUAGGAAAAAUUAUGGGUAUGUAACUUCAUUCAGUCAAUUCUGGAUAAAUAUCCACAUUGGAGUGAUUAUAAUGUAGCUUGUAGUUCUGUAUCUUUCUGCAGAAUUUCUGCUCAUGUUAUCAAAAUUCGUAAAAUAUCCUCCUUUAGCAUAAUUUCCUUAAACAUUGGAAGUGUAUAGCAAAUCUGAUCAGCUCAAAACAUUUAAUCAUUUUAUUUUAAGAGUACCAGAGGGGUAACUUUACUUUUUGCUUGUUCUAGUAAAUGAAUUCCAGGUGGAAAGAAUAAACUCCUUAAUCACUAAUUUGUAAUUUGGGUAAUGGAUUCAACUGGAGUCUAUUUGUGCUGUGUAACUUGGGGAGAAGGUUUUGCAGACUGGCUGGUUCAUUGCUUGAGGAGGGAGGCCAUGGUUUCUUCUCCACAUAGAAGGGAAAUAUACAGAGGGACGACUUUGCAAUUGUUCCAAAGGGUACAAUUUUUCUUUCUUGGUGGUUUUGGUUGAUGUUUGUACCAGUUGUACAGAAUAUGCGUCUUUCUUUGGUAGUGGGUAGUCGAUUCCUGAAGCAAUUCACCUUGUGAAGGAAAGGGUAAUAAACUGCUGCUCAUUGCUGUUGGUAAAUCACACUUUGA